GGCAGCGCGCACUCCGAGGCUGUUUCUCCAGAGCGCAGGCUGGGACUGACUGGCACCGCGAGCCCAGAGCACCCCCGGAGCUGAGAACACCACGCGCCCCCACCACAUCCACCCCACGGCCGCUGAAUGAGGCUUCCAGGUGCCCGCUUGCUGCCCGCAGCGCCCCGCCGGAAGUCCGCUCGCUGAGGGGCGGCUGGUGCGCUGGCCGCCCGUGCGCUUCCCUGCCAGCUUGCGCGCCAUGGGGCAGCCCGGGAACCGCAGCGUCUUUUUGCUGGCGCCCAACGGAAGCCACGCACCGGACCAAGACGUCACACAGGAACGGGACGAGGCGUGGGUGGUAGGCAUGGGCAUCGUCAUGUCGCUUAUCGUCCUGGCCAUCGUGUUUGGAAACGUGCUGGUCAUCACAGCCAUCGCCAAGUUCGAGCGUCUGCAGACGGUCACCAACUACUUCAUCACCUCCCUGGCCUGUGCUGACCUGCUCAUGGGCCUGGCGGUGGUGCCCUUUGGGGCCUGCCACAUCCUCAUGAAAAUGUGGGCUUUUGGCAACUUCUGGUGUGAAUUUUGGACUUCCAUUGACGUGUUGUGCGUCACAGCCAGCAUUGAGACCCUGUGCGUGAUCGCCGUGGAUCGCUACCUUGCCAUCACAUCACCCUUCAAGUAUCAGUGCCUGCUGACCAAGAAUAAGGCGCGGGUGGUCGUUUUGAUGGUGUGGGUCGUGUCCGGCCUUACCUCCUUCUUGCCCAUUCAGAUGCACUGGUACCGGGCCACCCACCAGGAAGCCAUCAACUGCUAUGCCAAGGAGACCUGCUGUGACUUCUUCACGAACCAAGCCUAUGCCAUUGCCUCCUCCAUUGUGUCCUUCUACUUGCCCCUGGUGGUCAUGGUCUUCGUCUACUCCAAGGUCUUCCAGGUAGCCAAAAGGCAGCUCCAGAAGAUCGACAAAUCUGAGGGCCGCUUCCAUACCCAGAACAUCAGCCAAAUGGAGCAGGAUGGGCGGAGUGGGCCCGGACAACGCAGGGCCUCCAAGUUCUGCUUGAAGGAACACAAAGCCCUCAAGACUUUAGGCAUUAUCAUGGGCACUUUCACCCUGUGCUGGCUGCCCUUCUUCAUUGUCAACAUUGUGCACGUGAUCCAGGAUAACCUCAUCCCUAAGGAAGUUUACAUCCUUCUAAACUGGGUGGGCUAUGUCAACUCUGCUUUCAAUCCCCUUAUCUACUGCCGGAGCCCAGAUUUCAGGAUUGCCUUCCAGGAGCUCCUGUGCCAGCGCAAGUCUUCCUUGAAGGCCUCUGGGGAUGGCUACUCCAGCAACAGCAAUGGCAGAACUGACUACCCAGGGGAACAGAGUGGAUAUCACCUGGGGGAGGAGAAAGACAAUGAACUGCUGUGUGAGGAUCUCCCAGGCACGGAAGACUUUGUGAACCGGCAAGGGCUGAUGGCCGGGCUGCAAACAAGGAGCAGGGUGUGCUGGCAGAGAUGUGGGAAGCUCAUCCGGCUCCAGACCACAUCACCUGGAGAACACUCCCUGCCAAACCCAGUCACAGCCAGAGCUCCGAGAAAGGAAUUCUGGGAGCAGCGGAGAACUGACCGCCCCAAGGACUAUGCCAAGCCUGUUUCCCAUCCAUAAAAUGAGGACCGUGUGACACUUCAUGACAACUGCAGAAACAAAUGGGCAAGUCCACUGAAGGUCAGGUCCUGCCUUUGCCACCCUCCCGGCUCAGUGCAGAAUGCGUGGUGGCAGUGAAGGUACUGAGGAAAGAGCCCCUGUCUGGCAGCCAGAAAUUCCGUGGGCGGGUCCCAAGGUCACCACUCACCAGCCUGGUCACCCUGGGACAGAUCUGUUUCACAGGUCCCGGCUUUAGUGUCCUCCUUACCAAAACAGUCAUGAUAAUGAUUACUCUGAGGGUGACUGUAAAAAUCAACAUGAGAUCUUGUUUGUGACAUUAUUUUAUGAGCGGCAGGUUUUCCCUCUCAGAAGGCAGUCUGACUGUUGAGUAAAUGCAAGCACAUCAGAGCAGGGUCAGCCCUCGGUCAGCCCGUGCUCUGGAAUCAGCUGGCCAGGAUGGUUGAUGGUCCCUGUUCACGUGCCUCAUUGCUUCUGCUGACAGGGAGUGCACGAAUGGUCAUGACAGCCCCUUCAGUGGCAGGCAUUUCACCUCCAAAUACUUGGUCUCAUGUUCUCUUCCCAACAGCCCCAUGAGGUAGGCAGCCCAGGGAGGAAGAGGUUAAACUCAAGGCCACAUCCCAAGGUAGAGGUCUAGCUUGGCUGCAGCCCCAUCCAGACUUGAAAUCCUGGGUCUGUCCCUCCCCAUCUCCAGGUAAGGUCAGCUGAGAGUCAGAACUUAACCUAAUGAUUCAGGGGCCAGAAAAGCAAAUUGAUUCGAUCACAAAUCCUCCUUCGAAAGCCAAGGCCCACCCAUCACUGCGGAGGAUCCAGGAGACAAAGACUGGGAAAAGAAUUUAAUUUGAAAAACAACAACAACAACAAUAGGAAAGCAUCCGCAAGACUCUAAUCAGAGAAUCGGCUGCCUGGAGAACUGAGAAUCAUUUGUCAAAUGUCUCCUGGUGACAAAGCGAGAGAGAGGCAUGGACAUAUAUACACUACCAAACGUAAGGUAGAUAGCUAGUGGGAAGAAGCCGCAUAGCACAGGGAGAUCAGCUCGGUGCUUUGUGACCGC